AUGCUCGCGCUGACGACCGCGCCCGUCGCGCUCGCGACGACGACGACGACGACGACGACGACGCUCCGGCGUCGCGCGACUACGAUCGCGAAGAAACGUGCAUCAUCUCAACGCGCGCGCGCCUCCUCCGUCGCCGUCCGACGCGGAUCGGCGCUCGUCGUCCGCGCGGCGUCCGAGGGCGAGGACGCAGCCCCCGAUAGCCGCGCGUACCGCGAAGCGAAGGAGCCCGAGCUCGGGGGGAUCAUCGGCAAGGUCGUGAGCAACCUCCCGGACGGUCGCAAGGCGUCCGCGCCCGAGUCCUACGGCGCGCGACCGGCGUCCAAGACGCUCUCGGAGGGUCGCUACCGCCGCCCGCCGCCGGAGCGCGUCGGCGGCGUGACCGAGUCCGCGGUCAGAGGCGACGACUUCGAGGUCGUGGACGGGCCGUCGUUCGGGAUCGGCACGCUCGUGGGCGUCCUCGUCGCGGCGGCGACGUUGGGGGGGGCGUACUUCACGGUGCAGAAGCUUCAGGAGGGGCCGGUGGCGAGGAAGGGGGGGGCGAGGAUGCCCGCGUUCGACUCGGAGAUCGGGAACGCGAGCAAGCCCGACGCGGCGCCCGCGGCGGCGGUCGUGGAGGCGCCCGCGGUCGUGGAGGAGGUCGCGGUCGUGGAGGCGCCCGCGGUGGAGGUGGACGCGAACUGA